CAGAAUUAAGCCAUUCCAAAGUGGUUUUUAAAAGAUACCCGAAAUAAGUCAGUUAUUGUAAUUAAAAUUUGUAUUUGAAAUUCUAGAUCAUUCAAAACGUUUCAUGGUGAUUUUUUUUUAGAGGAAAUUACCAUUUUUUCAUAUCAAGGGUAAAAAAACAAUGGCGGUGGAACAUCACAAUCACCAAUGACCCGUGAUUUUAAUGUUAAUAGGAAAGGUCGCCAGAAUUGGACAUCAGCUACAAUAUUAUCAAUAUAUUCUGUACAUAGCUAAGCAGCGAAAUUGCCGUUGUUAAAUUAAUACUUCAAUCGUAUAUAUGAAUGCAUUGUUUUUGCACGUGCACGAUUUUCGUACACACAGUUUCAGGGUUUCUUUAAUAUCCAAAGUUCAUUUCACAUUGAUCGUUUUGUGUACAAUUUAAUAAAGGGCAAAUAUUUUGAUUGUAUUACAUAGCAUCAGGAAUUUAAAGAUUUGUGUUAGUGUGAUUCACUUUUUUAUUUGCUGUUACGUAUCUCUAUAUAUUUAAUUUAUUCUGUGCCCGUCGAAUAGCAUACAACCGAUUGUUGAAAAUCCUGACUCCAUACCUAAAGUCUAAAAAAAUCAAAAUUAACAAAAUAUGAUCAUUUUACUUUUAAAUAUAAAUUCGAAAGCUUUAUCAGCGGUCACUGGAAACGAGAAUGAUUCCCGUUGAGGUGUCUGUGUGACCUGGAAUGGCUAAGGAUUCUUUGAGCUACGAAUCUUCCAAUACUUCGGGCCCACGAAAAAUUAUUAGAUAAUUGAAAUCGGUAAGAUAAAUGUAAUUUUUUUCCAGUAUUAUACAUUCAAAAUUAUCCAUUUUGUUCAACGUGUAUUUCCCUAAUAAUUCCACGGAUUAAUUUACAUGGGAUUAAAUUUAAAAAUUAAAGAGCUGAUUCAUAGAAAAUGAUAAGUGAACCGUGGCAAUUCAUUUCCCCGAUACAUCUUUUGUUCAUUCUUUGUUUCAUUUCAUAACAUUGCAGAAAAUUAGAUUUUCAGAAUGCAGUCCCGGCGACAGUGUGUUUAUUUCUGUGAAAGAAAAACAGUUGUGUUCAGCUUCACAGCCUUUCUCGUUGCAAACAUAACAUUUUACGCACACUGUUCACUUCUGCAUUACCUGUUUUUUUCAUACGAUAUAUAGUUGUAUGUCUGUAUUCCAGUAGGAAUGAAAGCUCUGUGGAUUUGUGGAUCUUGGAUGAAGCAAGAAAUUCCUACUGAGUUUCUAGUGCUCACUUUUGUUUACUCUGUAGAACAGGAAAGGGUCGCGUUGUGUGGAACUUUGUUUUCAGAAUGAGCAAAGGCUGUUUCUGCCUAGUCAUAAAUAGCACCCUAAUCGUGCAUUAGAGAAAAAGGAUUAACGAAAAAAAUAAGACCAUUCAUGGCAUUUUUUGCUGCAACUUAAACUGUUAGAGGAAUCUUUUAUUUUUUGAAAAGGCGAUUUGGAAACAAUUUUUAUUUAAUUGUUAUUGUGGACUGCUUUUACGAAAUUCAUAACGAAUUAUUUCGGUGGUAUAAUUAUUCAGUCUGAACAUUUAAAAUACUGAAUUCCAGAUACACUAUACCAAGACUUUUCGACCAUUCGCAAAAACAAGUAUUUCAGAAGAUACAGUUUUAUAAUAAUAAAAUAAUAGUUUAAUAAAAAUAAUAAUAAUAAUAAGGAGAAGAAUAGGUAUAUUUUGUUAGUACUGCUGUGGCGCAGGCACCUGCUCCGUUGUAUGAAUUAGUAAGAAAUUAUUUGUAAAUUAUCUCGACAAACUAUAAGUAUUGUAACAACAAAACAAAUAAAAUAAUACAGGCAACAUUCUUGUGUGUGUUCUGUAUAAUGCACAGAAGACCAUUCUUUGUACAAAAAAAUAUUGACUGCUGGUGCCUAACAAUCAAACAUAGUUUGCAGACAAUUUUUAAAAAAAUAGUGGAUUGUGUACAAUGCGCUUAACUUUUAUAUGAAUGAACAUAAUGUUUUCUUAUUUUAUAAUGGAGUAAAAACUAAAAUGGUCGUGAUGCAGUUUGAGCAUGUGGGUAUACAUUUGCAUAAAAAGUAUAGUAUGUUAUCGAAGAUAUGGAUUGUAAGAAAAGAACACUCUUUUGGGCUGCCCCUCUGGCGGAUUGAUUUACGCCUCAUUGACGCUUUAUCAGGCACACGAAAAAAGUCUGACCAAUCAUUCGCUGGGAGCUCACAGCACAGCAGCCAAGCUGUAUUUUGUUGGCUGGAAAGUUAAAAAAGGGUAGUGUACAAAUCUACAUCUGUCCUAUAUAUUUUCCCUUCAAUGAACCGUGUUUUGUAUGAUGUCUGAGAAUGUCCAUUUCUGGAGCUCUGAGCAAUUAUUAUGUCGAUUCUAUUAUAAGUCACGAAAGCGAAGAUGUCGCCUCAGCCAAGUUCUCCGCUGGACCUUAUGCAGGUUCGAGGCAGCCGGGACACAGCGAACAUCUAGAGUUUCCUUCGUGCAGUUUUCAGCCUAAAUCUCCAGUUUUCAGCGCAUCUUGGAAUCCUUUCAAUCCACAUUCGUCUCCCGGGUUGUCUACUAUUUACCAUCCUUACUUCUCGUCCCAGAGUACCCCGACUUCGGACAAUAGGUACCUACGUACUUGGCUCGAUUCAGUCCCAAGGACAGACCCUUUGCCUCUGCAGGGACAGGUGAAAGUUGAGCCGUUGGCUGGACAUGUUGCGGAGAGCCAGAAAACUGGAGCGCAAGAUUACAAUUUGGAGCCUUCCUCUGAAAGGGAGAUUAAUUCCAAUCAAGGCCUCAGCUUCGAAGACAAUAAUGAAAUUUGUGAAGUUAGGCGGGACAAAGACAUGCCAGAUCAAAGCAACCCAUCCGCCAAUUGGUUGCAUGCCCGUUCUUCUCGGAAGAAAAGAUGCCCGUACACCAAGUACCAAACACUGGAAUUGGAAAAGGAAUUUUUAUUCAAUAUGUACCUGACUAGAGACCGAAGACACGAAGUGGCCCGUCUACUGAACUUGACAGAAAGACAAGUGAAAAUAUGGUUUCAAAACAGGCGAAUGAAAUUGAAAAAAAUGAAGAAGGAGCAACCAAAUGAAUAAAAACACUUUUUCAAAAUUCUUCUAUUAUUUAAAUGACAGUGAUUCCAAUUCCAUGUCACUCACCCUUACUGUAUAUCUGUCCAUAGGUGCAUUUCCUUCAUGGUGGUGUUUGAAUACCUUGUACAGUUUAUAAAUAAAUGUUCUUUAUGUCUGUAUGGGUUGUUACGUUAGAACACUCCUGUUUUAGAGUCAAUUGUGUUCCUCAGGUUGUUUAAGUUUUCACCAUAUGAAAAAUAUUUUGACUAUAUUAAUUAAACAGGAAUAUCCGCAACAAGAAUGUUUUUAACCUCACACAUUACUGCUAAAAUGUCUACAGCAAGGGAGUUUCUUUGCUCGGAAUACACACUGCUGGUCAGUCAUAUAACUUAUACACUAUGGUGCUGUAAUUCUUAUAUUUUUUUCUCUAACCUUAAACUAAAAUACCCAGCGCUAAUAUGCAUGACAUAUAUUAGUUUUUUUACUCAGAUUGCUAAGCCCUAAAACGGAAUAAAUGUUACUAUAAAUAAAAUUAAAAAGAUAGAGAAGAUGACCGUUCCAAAUAUUUUGUUAACUAAGAAAUGGUAAGAUGUAUUGUACUGUUGUGUUUUAGAAGUAUAAAAGCCUUCCAAGUAAUUUUCAGUAAAGACAUACUGAAUCUCAUGAGGUUUAUGAUGAACAUGUAAUUUUUGAAUGACAUAAAUAAUACUAGUUUACGAAAAUGUUUUCCACUUUUUAAAGCAAAACCUAAUAUUUCAUUGUAAUUGUUGUAACCCACUUUUAUAUUGUUCUUGUUUAUACUGUUGUUUCCAAUAGAAACAAAAUUAACGAUAAUGAAAGUGCGCUUUUGGUGCUUAUAAAGUGCAAACAUUAAUCACAUAUAUGAAGAUCGUCUAUGGUGUACGCCCUGCUUGUUGUACAUAGUUUGUGUCUAGUCGCUGUUAACUGGAGAUCCGCGUCUCGAAUGAUACUUGAAUGACAAUGCAGUGUAACGACUCGGUAGAAGAUCUGUUUACAUUUCAUUCUACACUAUUCUGUUACAGCGCAUUACACUUUUUGUAUGUUUAUAUGGAAGUGCAUCUUAACUCUCAGUUUGGAAAUUGUCUUGUUUACUGUAUUUUUGACGUCUUCUUAGCGUUACUGUUAAUUGUGUAAACAACUGCCUAUGACACUGAGUCUCUUUCUUUCAUCCAUUUCGCCAGACCCCCUACCAUGUAUAAGAGAGGAGAGCUCCAGAUUGAGAACGCAAAAGACAUAGUGUUCAUAUAUAUA